GUGGAGGCAAUAGCGGACGACCCAGCCUUAGCCACACGUACAAAGGUGGCGCCGCUGCAGGAACAUAUAAUAGCUGGCGUCACUCUUUCGACUGUUCUCUGUUGGGUGGCCAAAUCAGCUACCUUUCCUGUACAUAGAAAGCAGCCCAGGCCAAAGAGCAGCACAACAGAACAGUGGUCUGCUAAUUGCUGCGAAGGCAAUUCGGAGCUUUGGAGUGAACCUCAGCGAUACGCAAAGUGGCUUCACAUACGUUCAUUAUUAGUCAAGGUUAUCCUCAUCAUUCAACAACAUGACGGCUGAAUCCAGUGCUAGUGGGAGUGCCAAUUCGAGCAACUACAGGACGAAUAGCAGCAGCAGCGCUGCAGAAGCAAGUAGCAUCAAUGAUUCCAAGGACUACAAGAUUUGUGACGUUUUGGGAGGGCUGGAUGUAACACGGCUGAUAUCUACCAACGCCCGCAAUUUCUUUGCCAGUGCCAUUGACGAUGUCGAGUUGCUUCGAGAGUUUUUGGUGGAGGCUACUCGGCAUUCCAACCGGACGAGUGACUUUCAUUCGUUGGAAGAAAUGAGCCACUCGUUGGACUGGAAAGCUCGCGGUCUGCCACCGAAUACUACCACCUUGGACGCCAAUUUGGGGUAUACGGAUGACCGGAUGGAUCGUCGCAUUGAUCGGUUUGUCGGUCUAGUCAACCAACCUCUCGUGGGAACCAAACAAACAGACUUUUUCAUGAUGGAUGGCUUGAGUCCUCUCUUUCCUUGGGUCGUUGAUCGACGCUCCAAACCGGACAGUUGGUGGCUGGAUCACAGUGCCGGGAAAAGUCAGGGUGAUACCAAGGAGCCUUUCGCGUUUGACAUCCUCUACUCUGGUGCUUGGUUGAUCUCUUAUGGAGACUCUCUACUAUACUACCCGCCUCUGACAGUCUACAACCACCCGCUUACGUUUGGAGAUCGUGUGGGCUCGUUCUGGAACUCCCAUGAUGCUCCCUUCUCUACCCCCAACUUUCCAGAACAGAAUCCGGAUCGAAUCGCCUUCUUCAGCAAGCCGUACCCGGACUUGGCAGUUCCAGGACUGUCGUUGGUCUCGGCUAUUGCACCCGUCUACUACAAUGGCGCAUUCAUGGGAUACGACUACAAUGAUACCUACGUGGCUUCACUUGGAGUUGAUAUCGCAACGUCAUCUGUAUCGUCCUUCUUGGAUGUCUUGCAAGACAGUGUCGCACCUGGAAGCUUUGGAAUGCUUGUGGAUUCCGAGCUGUCCACCAUUGUGAUUUCAGAAGAAGUGGUACGACGAGUAUAUCCGGAACGGACCGGUUUUGAAGAAUCCAGGGUCUCGUACAACAAGGAUGGCAGCAUUGCUGUGGAUCGACGCAAUCAAACGUACUUGCCCUCCGACACCAUCCUCGAGGACUUGACAGCACUCACCAACGGGGAUUGGAAGGCUUUGCAGACUGAAAUAAGCCGAUCUCCCAAGGGAUCCAGAGAAUACACAACCUUCAACCUGACACUCACUGGUCAAGACAGCCCCAUGGAGUACUACGUUAUGUACGAGCGGUGGCAGUUUGUGGCCGAUUGGACCUUGUUGGUCUUUGCUCCUACGCAACAAGUGGAGCAAGCCAUUGAUGUGUACUUGACGACCGGGGAAGAACUCACUCGGCCCACUGCCGCCACGUUGGUAGAUUUGGAAGGGGAGCGUGGUACUACCUUGAGAGGACAAGGUACCCUCGUCAACAAUGGCAAUCUAGAUGUCGUUCUCAAGAUUCCCAAAGAUAGGGUGCCAUCUUGGGUGCAGCUUCAGAAGGGAUACUACAACGGAACUGAGGUAAUCGACGACGAGUCCUUCCUACUCAAGGCUGGCGAGCACUUGGCAAUAAAGUUCAGCGUGCCCACAGAGAAGCUUGAUGUCGGAACCAAGUCUUCUUUCCUCUCGUUUGAUGUGAAGGAUGCUUUCUACCCCGACUGCUUCUUUCGCCAAGAAUUGAAUUUGCCCAUCUCCGUGAGAGUCAAUGAAAUCCCUUGUGAUGCGGCCAAUCAAGUAUACGACAAUACACAAGAAGCAUGCGUUUGUGACUCCAAUUCGCUGGAUAUCUUUGGCACAUGCGUCGACCACCUGAUUAUUGCCGUCUGCGCUUUUGUCCCUGUCAUGCUGUUUGCAGCCCUUGCAUUUUGGAUGUAUAUCCGGCACAAGCGGCGGCUAGCAAACUCGCUGUGGAAGAUUGACAAGUCAGAACUCAAGUUCCACGACGAGGAUAACAGCAAGAGCAGCAGCUUCGACCUCGUAGCCGAAGGCAACUUUGGUGAAAGAGUUGUCCUAGCAGAGUUUAGGGGAACUCAAGUUGCAGUCCAGUACUUUCAGACAUCACGUCGUGGCGGGAACCGAAUGUCGCGACGACAAAGCACCGGACGUCGACCCAGUGUCACUAGCAACUUCGAAAAGGAUGUUUCUGAGGCUCACACGUUGAUGGAAGCAGGAAUAGAACAGCAUCCUCAGAAUAGCCAGAUUGGGAAGGCUGGUCGGCAAUCAUCCACGAAGGUUCCAAAAGCAGAUUUUGCAAAAGAGAUGCGGUUGCUCUCAUCGUUGAAGCAUCCCAACAUAGCCACUGUGAUGGGGGCACUAUGCGACAAUAAGAGCCCCAUGAAGGCAAUCGUCUUGGAGUAUAUGGACAAUGGAUCAUUGUAUGACUGCUUGCACAAUGCCAUUGAGCUGGAUGGCGAAGUCAUCACAGGUAUUCUCAUGGAUAUAUGCAAAGGUCUCCAGUUCCUCCACGGCAACAAACCAAACGCAAUCCAUCAUGGAAAUCUGAAAGCUGAAAGCGUCUGGCUUGAUUCAAACUUUAGAGCAAAACUAGGUGAUUUUGGUUUGACCAUACCCGGCCGCAGAAUGUAUGGCUACAUGGCAUCACCAGCUUGGAUGGCUCCAGAGAGGCUGCGCAGAGAGACGGGCCCCUCACCUGCUGGUGAUGUCUUCUCUCUGGGGUGCACUAUGUACGAAUGCUAUGAGAGAAGGGAGCCUUACUAUGGAGAGGACGACAUGUUGCAGGUGAUUCCUGAGAUUUGCGAUCCAGAGGUAAACAGGCGACCGCCAAGGCCAGUGGCAAUGCCUCCUGCCGUUGCAAUCCUUAUGCAAGACUGUAUGGUUGCAAAUGCAGAGGAAAGGCCUUCACUAGAGGAGAUCACGAGUAGGCUGAAACGGUUCCAGACAAGUGAUGUUGACCCCAUAGGCUUUGUAAAGAAGGUGCCACCUGGCAAGGCCAACUUUGAUCUCCUCCUCAAGCUGUUCCCGCGGCAUAUUGCCGAGGCACUGCGCGACGGUCGCCCUAUUGAGCCGGAAAACCAUUCCUCGGUUUCGAUCUUCUUCAGUGACAUUGUCUCAUUUACAACAAUUUCUUCCUCUCUUGAGCCACACAAGGUGACAGAUAUGUUGCAUCGGCUGUUCCAUCGUAUGGACAAUCUUGCAGAUCUCCAUGGCUUGUACAAAGUCGAGACAAUUGGAGACGCAUGGUUCGGAUGCACAAAUUGCGUCCAGAAGCAAGACAGCGACCACACACGAAGGAUUGCGCAGUUUGCCCUUGAUUCUAUGCAAGCUGCAAGUGACACCCUGAUUGACCUUGAAGACCCCGACCGUGGUUACGUUCAGAUUCGUGUUGGGCUUCACUCCGGUCCAGUGGUAGCAAACGUUAUUGGGUCGAACUCGCCACACUAUACAUUGUUCGGGGACACCGUCAACACGGCUUCUCGCAUGGAGAGUAAUUCACUCCCAGGUAGAAUCCAGUUCUCGGAAGUCUUCUCCAAACUACUGCAACAGCAGGCUCCUCACAUUGAGGUAACUUGCAGAGGGAAGAUUCCAAUCAAGGGGAAAGGCGAAAUGAAAACCUACUGGAUUGGACUGGGAGAAACUGAGAAGAUGGCACAUCGACAGCCACCCGAGGGAGCAGCGCCUGGAAAGCCUUCGGCGCCAUCUCAAGACAACAACUCGGGGGACCCAGUCAAACCAACUGCAAAGGAAACGUUCUUGACCGAAAUAGAGUGCUGAGCGCUUGUCGCGUGCUGGAGGUUGCAAUCUAAAAAUUGGUGCCCGCGGCUAUUGCCUGCCAGCAGCUAGCCAGGCAAAGGCUACUCAGGUGAAUUCAUUUAAGCUCUUUGAAGCAAUUCCAUGCAUUGCAUAGUUCCGGUUUUGUCAUUCCACACUAGCAGUUCACCGUUGUUGUCAGCCAAAAGAUGCCCCGCCGGAAAAGCGAAUGACGAAAGGAAGCACAUUUGACCCGGAA